UAUAUGAUAAAUUUUAUUUUUUUAUUAUAAAAUAUAUUUUUUCUUUGAUAUUGUAAUUAAAAAUAGAAAAAACAUGAGAUUUUACGCGUGCGCGUAAUAGAUUUGAAAUUCAAUGGAAAUACAAAUGGUGUAAACAUGACUGAAGAACUCUCUGGUGUCACAAUAGUGAUAUUUAUUGCGGCCGGAGUUUUAACAAUAUUAUUAUUAUUCAUAUUUGCAAAACGACAAAUAAUGAGAUUCGCGUUACGAUCACGUCGUGGUCCUCAUAUUCCUAUUGGACAUGAUGCAAGGAAGUCAUUGAAGAAGGAAAUUGAAAGACGGAUAGAAGUAAUACCAAAAAUUCAAUAUGAGCCACAACUUAUUAGUGAUCCAAGACUUAUUUUAACUCCUCGAGGACAUGUUCCACCACAUUAUUAUAGAUUAAAAGCAGUGGAUGAUGUUAAAACUUUAGAAGCUGAAAUUACCAAAUAUGAUAAUUGUUUAAGGAGGCAUCCAUCUGAGAAUUUACGAGCAUAUUUACUUGCCACAUUAGCAACUCCAUUAAAUGGAAGUGGACAAAGAUUAAUUCAUCAAUUCUGUGAUUUAUAUGAACAUGCACGACAUGAUCCAACUGAAUUUGGAGACGAGGAAUAUCAAGUAUAUACCCGUUUAUUUCUUAAGUUAAUGGAUGCGGCCCGUUUGUUAAAAUCGUAUCCGAGUAGUAGAAAAUCUAGUCCAAGUCGUACACCUAUAAAGAAAAAUGUUGAGACGAAAAGGAAUAUAUUAGAACCUAAAAUGAAAUUACCCGAAGAUCAAACAUUGACUGGUUCACGACCAAAUACAUUAACGGUAAUGAUGCUGGAUAAUAAUGAAACAUCUGUUUAGCAUUAUGAAAAUCGUCACAUACAACAUAUGUGACGAAUUGUUGUUUCAUAAUUGCUAAUUUCUACAUCAUACGAAAUUGCAAUUGUUACGAACAGAUUUUUUGCAAUAGAAGUUGUUUCAGUCUAACAUGUACCAGAUUACGAUUAAAUAUCGAUUUCUGUUUUAAUCGAUAAAUAUUUAGUCCAUACAUCUUUAUAAUAGGAAUUAUGUCUUAAACAAAUUAAUGCUCGAUGAAAUGUGGAUUUAUACGAACUAGAAAUAUUACUCAUUCUCAUGUAAUUUAACCAUUCCAUCAUCUGAAAGGAAAGAAGAAAAAAAAACGGAAAAAGAUAAUAUGUCAUUAUUAAUCGACAAGAGAGAAAUUUGAAAAGGCGUGAAAUUGUCAAAGGAGAAUAUACCGAUCGAAGGAUAUUGUAUAAUAGUAAGAUUUCCAAUAUAUUUAUUCGUAUGGACAAGUUGGAGCAUAGUGCACAAUAUAAUUAAUAUAUGUAUAGUAGUCUGAGGAAGGGGUCAGAUUACAUUCUGGAGUUUGAACACAAUAUCUUACAAUUUAACGACAAGAUGCCUGCAUUUCUGUAUUUGCUUCUGUACGUAUUGUUACUCGUAUAUUUAUAUAUUCAGUAUGUGUAUAAUAUAUAAAGCGUAACGACUCACUAUUUUUAUCAUUCUAAAAAAAUGGAGACGAGAAUACGGGUCCUUGUUUAUUACAUUACGUUAAUAUUUCAGUCCGUCUUAUGUCGUCAUUUAAUUUAUUCGUUUGAGAAUUUUUUGCAAUGGAUUAUGCAACAUUGUGGCAAAUAGUACUCGCUAGAAUAUAUCCUUAGGAGAUUGUCUCCAAUUGCUAAUUACAUUUGUAUCUCAUUUAGGUUGCGAGGAAGUAACGAGUUCAACAUCGAUACUAUGUCGAGCGAACCGAUUUUAGCGAUGAGAGAUCGAAAUAAUAAUAAAACGUAAAAAAAAAAAAAAAGGCGCUACUUAAAACAUAAAGAGGGUAAAAAUCUGGAUUUAAAACUUAAUCGUUCGUUAUAAUACGUGGUAAAUUUAUUGCCACUGAAUAAGAUUUUCACCAGUACGAUUUGAAUGGAUAACGCAAGGAUAAUCGUUAUGCGAAAAAUUUGCGAUACCCGAACGUAUAUAAUAUUUGACCAUUGGAGACAGCUCCUUUUUUCCGCAUGAUUAGCAAUUAACAAUCUAUAUUAAAUUUUUGUUUAAAAGCAAAUACACUUUACAGCCUAUACAAUCCAUACAAUCCAUUGUUUUUCAUCCCUUUUGUUCACUUAUUUCUUUUUUUUUUUUUUUUUUUUUGUUUUUAUUCACCUUUUUCAUUUAAUUUCUCUCGUUUAAUAUCUUCUACUCGAAUUUAAGUUUGUGGAGAGCGCAGGGCAGGUCCAGGUACUUAGGCUAUCUGUAUAUUUUCAUAAAAAUUCGUCAAGAUCUUCGAUUUCUUCUUAUCACGAUUCGCGUGUCGCUCCUCUGAUUUUUUUCUUUUUACGUUUUAUAAAAAUCACAGCACAGCACCAGCAUUUUUUUUUUUUUUUUUUUUUUACUUUAAAGCCCGCCCGAUUCUCCUUCGAACACGUCUCAUUAAAACUGAGACGAUUGCCCGCGCGUUUCUCCGCCGUUCUCUCCCUUUUCCUCCCUUCCUCUCCCACUCACUCAUUCUUGCUUAAUUCUUUCUCUCCCUCUCUUUCUCUCUCCCCUCCCACCCCUCUUUCGCUCAUUUUACUUAAACAGAUAGAUAUCGCCGUUAUUACGUCCGAAUUAAAAAACACGCCUUGUUCUCUGAUCUUUUAUUUGGCAUUUGCAACACUACGUACGGCACGAUAAAACUAUUUUCGGAUUCUUGGCAACGUGUUUUUACCAAUCGUUCGUAUUAUAAUACAACGCUUUUAUCUUUUUUUUUUUUUUUUUUUUACCGACGAUACAAUAAUAAAAUAAUA